AUGACUGAAGCGAUAUGGGAUAGCAGCAUAAUGGAGAACUAUCAAAGGACGUCAAAAUCAAUAGAAGAAGAGCCUCAAAAGCCACCAGCAGAAAAUGAAAUAAGGAUCAGUCAUAAUAAAAUAUCUGUCUAUGUUGACAUUGGCUUAAAAAAGUUUCAGGAAGAACAAAAGAAGCAUAUUAUUUUAGUGGGCAAAGGACAACACGUGAACAAGACAGUAACUGUUGUUGAAAUGAUCAAAAGAAAGAUGCAAGGAACACUACAUCAGUAUACACAAUUAGGUAGUGUAUCUGUUACAGAACAAUGGGAUUCUAAAGAAGACAAAGAACUUGACAGUAUUCAAGUAAAAAAGAAAAUACCAGUCAUUAUCAUUCACUUGUCUAUGGAUGAAAUGCCAGAAUUAAAUGAAACAUCCGGUUAUCAAGCACCAACUGGGCCUGAUAUAUAUGAAUAAACUUCCCCCCCCCUUUUUUUUUUCUUUGUACAUAAUUACUCUAAACACACGCGUGAUCUGUAUGUUAUGCAUUAUACAUUUAACUCUUAUAAACCAGUGAAUCUAUUGUUUUAUUUUUAACGGAUGAUCUUGCCAUAUCCACAAACCAUAAAC